AUGAUUGGAUAUGGCAGUGUUCGACCCAACGAGAAGAUCUUCCUAAGAAAGAAGACCCAACAACUCAAAAAGCCCAAGGGUUCCAAGAAUCCCAUCAAAGAUGCCACUUCAUUGGCGUUUUUGUCCCAUCGCCGACCCGGAGAUGAAGUGUGUACCAUUGUCGCCUGUGUCCGACGCGGCGCCGAGUGCCGGAUUAUGGAUGACAAAGGAACCAAGGAUUCCUUCAGCCCCGUUGUUGGAUCGUGA